GUUAACUUCCGGGGUGUGACUGGUCGCAGUGUGGUGUUGUCUUUUCCUUCCUGUUUUAGUUAAUAACUCCGGCCGAUUUAGGUUAAACCAAGAGGUUUUUUAACAUGUCAAAAAAUACAGGACAGUCCAGAUUUCGCAAAGUCGACGUUGACCAGUUCGACGAGGACAAAUUUCAGGACGAAAAUGUCGAGGAAGACGGCGAAGCCGGACCGAAUGAAGGGGAGAUCAACACACUUUUGUCACAGAACAGACAAGCUGAGGCCCUGAAACAUGUAUUAAACCACGCCCCUCUCCUGAGCAAGAACACAACAAUCAAGGACCGAGCUGCUCAGUUAGCCCUCAGAGUGUUAACUUCCUUCAAAAGUUCUGACAUAGAGCCAGCGGUUAAAUCUCUGGACGAAAAGCAGACGGAUAUGUUGAUGAAAUACAUUUACCGGGGAUUUGAGGUGCCGUCAGAGGGUAGCAGUGCUGUCCUCCUUACCUGGCAUGAAAAGACAUACCGAAUUGGUGGACUGGGUAGUAUUGUUAGAGUUCUGGCCGACAGAAAACGAGUGUGACCUCCUUACCCGUGGAAUCCAGGAAUAUUUCAGACUCUGUUUUGUAGUCUCUGUAAAAUAUGAUUCAUGGAGAAAAAAACUGUGUCAUGUUUUCAUCUGUAGCUGAACUGGAGCAGGCCAAAGUCGGGACUACAAACCAGUCAAAAAAUGGAUGUGUUCUGUUGUACAUUUCAUUAUUAACCAAUAAGAGCGAGUCUAACAAAAAUUGUUGCAUGCUGACAUCAUGGAUAUGAUUGGCUUAUCCAGAGUAUGGUUGAAGAUGAAGAUUUUCAGAAAGUGAAUUCUGAUUGGUGCAUUGCAUGAUAUGUAGUUGUCAAGGACUUUGAACUCUUGUGAGAAACUAGCAUUCCAGAUACGUAGACACUAGCAAUAUAUGUACCAAAAACAUGAGUGGUGCAGAUCUUCGAUCAUAUUUAAUAGGUCAAAGGUCAGACAAAUCUCCAUCUUGUCUGUGUAGGUGGAAUGCUGAUAUCGCUUACUCACGUCCUUAUCAAAUCUGUGCGAGCCUAAACUAUGUUUUGGUACAUAGUAUUUAUACAUUAUAAUUUCCUGGUAGUUUUGAUGAGCUGAUCACCCUGCUGUUUGAACAUUCAUACAGAAGGGUGAUCAGUUGGUAAAAAGUUGUGUGAAGUUACAGGCAAUUUGCUAAUAAUCACAUGAAAUUUCAUGUGGUUAUUCACCAACGUUGUACAGCAGUUCGCUGGUGAAAAAUACCAUGACAAUUUUCUGCAAUGCUGUACAGUUACCAAAAACAUAAAAGAAGAAUAAAUUGCAAGAAAAUAAGAUUAAUAAAUAUAAUGAUACAGUAUACAGAUUUCAUAAAGCCCUUGUACUGUGCAGGAAUACGUGUGCUAAUGCAGCCUAAAACUGAGACAAAUCGGUGGAGUUAUCUUCCUUGACUUCCUGCGAUGAACUAGCUACGUACGUAUUUAGGCAUUCACAGCUAUGUUUUUGUCAGUUUUAAUGUUAAUGAUACGACCGUGUAGAUUUUAUGAACCUAUUUACACAAAAGCACCAGUUUCUCACUUCUCACAUACCAGUGCUACGAAACCCUGACCAAAGGGUAUAUUGAAGGUUUUCGUAAUAAACAGAUAUUUUGAUACUC